GUGAGGAGCGAUAGCCAGUGCGACUCCUCCCCUGAGUCCGGCUGAAUUCACACACACCGUUUCUCACACUCGCUGGUCAGUGUAGCGGUCAGCCAUGUGGACCAAACGCUAUUCUGAGAUCCUCCUCAUGACCUUCAUGAGCAUCACCUGUACGAGAGCGGAAUCAGAUCAUCUUUCCUCAGAGUUUGAAUUAAGAGACGUUACACUUCACAUCAUACCUGCGAACACGGUGGAGCGAAACUCGGAGCUAAAUCUGACCUGCGAGGUCAAUGUGGUCUCCAGGGGAGGCAACACACCCGACCUCAAGAUCAGCAUCUUUAAAAACUAUAAUAAUCACAACCCAGUAUACAUAAAUAACACCAGGAGUAACAAAGUGACGUACACCAUCGCAAAAGCUCAGGCAUCCCACUCGGGCAUCUACCAGUGUGACGUGUCAGCGGGUAACCAACACCUAUAUAGUUCUGAGGAGAACAUUAACGUUACAGGUCUGCAAACUCCGGAGUUGAGAGUGGAUAAGUUAAAGGUGACUGAAGGUGAGAAGGUGAGGGUCACCUGCAGUGCGAGAGAAGAAUCAGGUGUGCUGGAAUACACCUUUAAAAACGGCUUGAAAGUAAUCUACAAAGAAUCAAGCAGCAGUGGUGUGGUGCAGAGGUUUCACUCCCUCACGUCUACAGAGACAGCCAAGUUCUCCUGCUCAUAUUCAAUUCAUGUUGGAAACGGAGUUCUGCAUUCAAGCGUCAGUAACGAGGUCCACGUGGUUGUGGAAGAGCUGAAAUUUACGGCAAAGAUCACAAUCCUCCCGUCAACGGAAGUCAUCGAGGGCGAUUCCGUGUACAUCACAUGUGAUGUGGAAGGAAUAAACAAAAACUCAAGUGUACUCUCACUAAGCAAAGGAUCACGUCUCCUCCCGAGAAAUUAUUCUACUGUCGUUCUUGCAAACGACUCCGGGGUGUACGAGUGCAGAGCCAAAGUGAACAGCGCAGAAAGAAACGCCUACAAAAACCUGACUGUUAAAGAACUCUUUUCCACACCGGUGCUGACCAUCACCCCGGCCGAGGUGUUCGAGAAAGAGUCGUUUAACGUCACAUGUAGAAGCUCUAAAAUUGCAUCAGAGAGAAUUGGACAUGAUGAUGUGAAGUACUUCAUCUACAGGUCCAACAAGAUGAUUAGCUCCGACAAUGGCAUCUACAAAACCAUGGCCAAAAACGAGACCAACGGGAAUUACACCUGUACUGCUCAGGUCAAUAACACCAUCAAAUGGAGCCAAUGGAUCACCUUUACAGCAAAAGUUCUCGUCUCCAAACCUACCAUCACUGUGCUCAAUGAAGUGAUCCUGAAUAAACCUUUUCGGAUCGAGUGCCGCUCGGACAGAGGGAGUUUGCCCAUCAGUUACACACUGAAGCAGAACCACACAACGCUGAGCCACGUCCAGGUAUCUAAUCCGUCCCAGAAAGCUGUCUUCACCACCAGCAUCCAGUCCAUACAACAAAUCUCCGAGUUCAAAUGCGAAGCGCAGAACAACGGUGUAAAUUCAGCACAGACCAGUGACACUCUUCGUGCUCAGGUUACGGUUCCUGUAGGGAAGCCGAAUUUAAUUACCGUCCCUGUGGAGCAGGACAUCACCGAAAACCAACAACUUCAAUUCCUGUGUGGCAUCCCAGAAGGAGCUUCUUCACCCAUCACCUUUAAGUGGUACAAGGAAAAGAAUCUGAGUCCUGUGUACGUCACUACAGUGAAUUUCACCAACGCCGAAUACACCAUUUUGUCAGUGGAGGGCAGCCACAGCGGCUCGUUUUACUGCGCAGCCUUAAACAAAGCGGGGAAAGAAGAAGUGAGCAACCAUGUCAAUGUCUCAGUGAGGAUGGCCAGGUGGAAGAAAGGCCUGAUCACCGGCGUGUGCCUGAUGCUCGUGACCGGGAUCGUAUUCGCCUUCGUGAUACGCUACCGUGCUAUGCGAGGUAAACGAGAGACCAUGGUCGAGCUCUCAGUAAGGCCUGCGAAACCUAAAUACGGCGAUGACUUGGUCAUCUCAAACCCAUGACUCCAAGCUUCAUAGCGCUGCAAAAAUCCUGAAGGUAGCCCAUUAUAUUUGCGUCCUACAUUGUCUUCCUUCACCUCCAUGUGUCCAUCAUUAACCCAACCAUCACAACAUCCUACGUCCUACAUUCUGGAUCACAGAAAUAGAGCACGGCUAAUCUUUGCUACGUGGCUGCUAGCAUUGGCUAUGGCUUCAGCUCAGCUUUACUUGAACUGCUAGAGUUUCAUUGGACGAUUCAAAUCCCAAAAUCUUAUUCCAGAUGGAGCGUCGCACUUUUACACCGAGAGGAUAGGAAGGACUGAGAUGAACCAGAGGUCAAUUCCUGCUAGCAAGAUUGAGGAAAACAUCUAAACAUGGACCAUGAACGAGGGGGUGGUCAGAAUAGCGCUAAACUCAUGUAAAAAAAAUUCUAAAACUUUUCACGGAAAAUAAAGGAGGAAAUUUCGCAAUGAAGAACGAGGAAUACGAGCUACACUUCUACUUCUCUUUAAAGCGACUGAACCCUGAUCAUGGACCAGCUUCUGGUUACGUUUACUACCUGGUUUUAAAGCAUUAUUUGUACUUCUUUUCUAUUACUUUAUGAUAUUUCCUUGUCUUUUUCUUCUUCUUUCCAGUUUUCCAGUCUAGAAAUUCAUAUUAGCAUAACUGAUGCUAAUUCACGUGCACACUUUAUUUACAGGCACAACAUUUUUCUUUUCUCUUAAUUAUUUUUAUUGCACUUUUCUUUUUGAUUACAUAUGUGAAUGUUUUGUAUAAAAAACACGUGUGUACAGAAAAAAAAUAGUAUAAUAUCAUCACUCUAAUAUAAAUAAAUAAAUAAAUAAAUAAUGUCUUAUUUUUUUGAAAAAACUGGUCAUCAUUGCCUGGGUCGCUUCAUAUGUUGUUACAUGCAUUAUGGUUCUGCAUUAGGAUGAUUAUUAGCUUUAAUUCAUGUGUUCUGGAAGCUUAAUUAAGUUAUUAAUAUGUCAGACUUUCCAUCAGAAAACGUAAAUUUUUUGUAAAUAUUGCAAAAAAUAAAUUGGAAUUAUUUGAAAUAAAAGUGAGAAUGACAAAACUUUUUACAAGGAACAAAAAUGUUAGGGUGCCGAUACUUUUGCUUAUGGUCCUCAUUUCUGUCCUAAUUUUGGUUAAUGAAUUCCACAGGUGGAGGAAAUGUGCUGAUUGCUGCUAAGUGGAGGCACCACAGAGCAAAAAAACAUUUACUUCCUGUUUAGGCUCCUGUUACUCUCCAGAGUUGUGCUGUGCUGUAGACUCAGAUUUCAUACAACAUUCCACUAAUUACUCUAGAACCCUGAAGUUGUUACUCUAGAACUCUAUGAUGUUUACCUAGAGGUUCAUACCUGCUCUGUUAACAUUUAAAGCCUACAAUUAAAGUUAUUCAAGAAUUGUAUCAUUGGAUUCCAAAUCUCCAAUCUGUUCUAGAACUAUAUUAUUUAACAUACUCUAGAACUGUUUUGUUUAGUCUAGUUAUAAGUUUUCCACUCGGGUGAUUAUUGUAUAAUUCUGAAUUGUUAUUUGAGAAUUUAAUAUUUUCUUGGGGUAUUUGUUAUUCUAUGUUAUGUUAUAAUUUGUUACAUA